UUUUAGAUUUGUUUACUGUAUCCUUUCAGUUAGAAGUGUAUUUUUUGUUUAGCUCGUUACAUACAAAAUUUAGUGAAAAAAAAAAUAAAACAAAUUCCAAGUGCAAUGAAGAGCCAAAGAAUGCCCGAAUGGGUGAAUGCCCUAUCGCUGAAUAAUGCGAUUCAUGCCAGCCUGGAGGAUGGUGAAAGGAUCCUGGACGUUACGCCCGCCACUGAAGAUGUGCAGUUCCGCAACUGCACCGUUCUGCUGCCCGUCCGUGCGAAGGUUCUCAUGCGGGAUCAGACCCUGCGGAAGAUCUCGUUCAUGCUGAAGGCGCAGCAUUGCAGCAAGUUUCAGGCCAAGAUUAUGUCCCACCUGAAGCUGUUCUUUCGGGAGCACCAGAUGUACCACAACAUUUUGCCCAAGUUCGAGCAGCUUUACCAAGCGGUGGGCAAGAAGGUGACGCUGGGUCCGCGUGCCUUCAAGCUGGACAAUAGCAUCAAGGUGCACUAUAUUCUGAUGGAGGAUCUCAAGGCGAAAGGCUUCAAGAACGUGAGUCGGGAGGAGGGCUUCGAUAUAGUCUGUCUUAGGGCGGUACUGAAGAAACUCGCCGAAUUCCAUGCCGCCUCGGCUGCCUAUGUGGAGUGCCACGGCAUGUUUGGCAAACUGGUGGCCGAAGGGGUAUACACGCGGAACAACAGGCUCAUACUGAAUAAACUGAACGAUGCGGACCCAUUUCUGUCGCAGCUCAGGCGCUCGAGUCUGGGCGGACGUUUCCACAAGCGACUCGUCAGCAAGGAGCGUGUCCUGGUGGAUCGCAUGCUUGACCUACAUAGCCAAAGCCCACAUUCAACGGACUUUAAUGUGCUCAAUCACUGCGAUGGAUGGGUGAACAAUGUGAUGGUGAAGUUCGAUACUUUUGGCAAUGUGGAGGAUACGGCUCUGAUUGACUAUCAGGUGGUCAAGUAUGGAUCUCCGGCACACGAUUUGUUCUAUACCAUACUCUCCUCCGCCCAAAUGGAGAUCAAGCUGGAUAAAUUUGAUCAUUUCGUGCAGUAUUACUAUUACCAUCUGAUGGAUAGUCUCAAGACUCUCAACUACAGCAAUCGUUCGCCGCAGCUCAAGAACAUACGCGAUGGACUGCAGAAAAAUGGUUUGGCAGCAUAUGUGGUGGUCACACGGGUAUUGCCCAUUGCCAUGAUGAGUCAAAGCGAGGACGAGGUCACCGAUCGAUAUGCAAUCAAACUAAGAGGUUCCAUGGUGAAUCGCAAGUACAGCAAGGCCAUAGGUGACAUUCUGCCCUGGAUGGAUGAGCGCGGACUGCUCAAUUGGUGUUAGAUCUCGUUUAUUUCUACAAAAUGUACUAUGUAUCAAUGUAUUGUAAACACAAAUAGAAAUACUAACCAUAAUU